GCAGGGAAAGUGAACUUUUAAAUGCCCUCAUAUCUCAGGUGUAUAAAUAGUGAGGCAAGACCGACACUGUGACAGUUUCAGUUCAUUCUCUGAAGUGUCUACAUCCUGUGCCUGAUUAAAGAUGCACCCGUUUCCUGUGACACUUCUCUUGAUUGGAUGUGCAACAUCUCUGCAAGCAACCAAUUUUGAUAUUAGUGACCUGGGAAAAGACUGGCCAGACUUAGAUCACCAAGAAUCAGCACAGUCAAAUGCAGAAUCAUCUGUACAAACAGGCGCAGUGCAUUCUGAUGGAGAUGGAGAUUCGGGAGAAUCUCCCCAGCAACCAAAAGAACACGAUCCCAUUGACAAGUACCUGCUGAAGGACACAGAUGAUUUCAAAAUCGCUCGAGAUUCUAAUGGUCGUCCAAUUCUGCUCUCCAGCAUUCACGAAGCAGGAUCUCUGCCAUUGCUCUAUGGAAAGGACGGUCACGGUCAUCUGGUUCAAGCAUCUUCAGACGUAAAUUUCACCCUUGAAAGCAUCCCUGCCAUUCCAACUGACCCAGUGAAAGCGUCCGACUUGGGUGCGAAUUUUGAAGUUCCCCGAGGCGUCCCUCAGGCCGCGAACCCUCCGUCCCCAGCGGUGAAAACGAGUCUGAGCUGGCCUCACCACAGACCUUACGUUGUUGAGCACGAAUCGUGGCCUGCCCCUGUCAACAUUUACAAGGGCCAUCACCAUGGCUAUGAGUCCUGGCCUUCUGAGCAGAAGCCAGUGACCGCUGAUGGUCCUCGCGACUCGGCGCCUCAAGAUGGGCCUAUUCGUCCAGUGGCCGCUGGACCCAGCCAGUAUGAUGAGAGGCCUGAACCCAUGACCAGGCCAUACAAUACUGAAUACGGCCAGGUAUCCGCUGAACAUAAUGGACCCGUCUCUGCUGGACCUGUGAGGUACGACGUGCGACCUGGGGACGCUGACAUGCAUAUGCCAAGCUCAUACAAAGGCGCACCAUCUUCCCAAUUCCCGCAGAAAUAUCAAAGUUCCAAGUUCAAUCCGGAGGCCAGUGGACCGUGGGAAUCUUUUAGAACAAACCCAAGAGAGCCAAAGGGCCCGUGGCAAUCGAUGAGACCUGAAAGCCCUGAAGGACCGUUCUACCCUGAGCAGCCGGAUUUUUUAGGGAUGAAGAGGGCUCAACCAGUCCAGGGUUGA